UUUCAACCGGAAGUUUUGGUUUGUGGAGGUUUCACUUCGAUUCGGCAAGGCACAUGCUGGAUGAUGCAUUCGACAGUGGUUUUUUUCAGUUAGAUCUGUUAUAUACAAGUUUCAAUAACUGCACAGAAAGAAUUAACGUUAACCAUGUCUGAGGAAAAGAGUGUUGAGGAGUACAGGCUUAAUGCAGAUGAAGAACUGCGAUUUGAAGUGGAGGCAAAUGCUUCUGUACAAAUGGAGUUGUUGGAGGGUAUGGCUGAGGUGUUUGGAUCUGAGUUGACCAAGGGCAAAGUCUACAACUUUGAUCAGGGCUCCAAAGUGGCUGUGUUCACCUGGCAUGGCUGUUUGAUCAAACUGCAAGGAAGAACUGAGGUGGCUUAUGUUGCCAAGGAAACUCCAAUGGUGAUGUACAUAAACACUCAUGCAGCCCUGGAACAGAUGAGAGAGAAGGCUGAGAGUGACAACACCAGGGGACCAAGAGUGAUGGUUGUUGGACCGACUGAUGUAGGGAAGAGCACACUGACCCGUCUCCUGUGUAACUACGCCGCCAGACUGGGGAGGGCACCCUUAUUUGUUGACCUAGAUGUCGGACAGGGUCAGGUGUCUAUCCCGGGGACAAUUGGCUCGGUGGUGGUGGAACGACCAGCGGAUGUGGAGGAAGGUUUCCACCUGAAUGCUCCACUAGUUUUCCACUACGGCCACACGGCUCCAUCCACCAACCCACAACUGUACAAACUCAUUGUGUCCAGAAUGGCAGAGGUCACGAACUUGAAGUGUGAGAAACAACGCAAAGUCAGCAUCAGUGGAGUGGUCAUUAACACAGGGGGGUGGAUCAAAGGUGGUGGAUACGACUCGUUAAAGCAUGCAGCAGGGUCCUUUGAAGUUGAUGUGAUCAUAGUACUUGAUCAGGAGAGGUUGUACAACGAGCUGAAAAGAGACAUGCCCGAAUUUGUCAAAGUCAUCCUUCUACCCAAAUCUGGUGGAGUGGUGGAGAGGAACCAGCAUCAGAGAUCAGACGCCAGGGAUUCCCGCAUCAGGGAGUACUUCUACGGAGUCAAAAUCAACGGCAAGGACUCGUUCUUCCCCCACCCCAUGGACAUCCCAUUCAGCUCUGUCAAACUGUACAAAAUUGGAGCCCCUGCCUUACCUGAUGCAUGCCUACCUCUUGGAAUGAAGUCACAGGACAACAAACUUAAACUAGUACCCAUUAGACCAGGAAUUAACAUCCUUCACCAUGUGUUCAGUGUCAGCUCAGCAGCCAGUGUAGAAGACAACGUCAUAGAAUCUAACACCCUUGGCCAUGUUGUCAUAUCUGGUUUAGACACAGAAAAAGAAACAUUUAACAUCUUGUCUCCAUCACAGAACCCUCUCCCUAACGACAUACUCCUCAUAUUGGAUCUACAGUUCAUGGACAUAGAGAUCUGAUGUGUUCAUGUGCAUAUGACUACAAUGGAUUUGAAACAGACACUGAUAUCUACUCUCAGCAAUGUGUGUACAAAAAAUUCACAAGUCUUGUUUUCAGAAACAUAGACUUAAAAUGCACCGAUGCGACAGAAACAAUGAGAUGCCAGUGUUAUACAAGGAGUGAGUGAACGACUGAUAGAUAAGUUGGAUUGGUUUUAUGGUGAGAAGGAUUUUCUGGCCAAUGUAUGGUUUUAUAUGGAAAGAAUACCAUCUAGAAUUGUUCUCUAGGAGUAUAUACUGUUUCGUGGUGUCUAGUGUAUGAGUGUGACCUAAAGCUCAAGUGACAUUUUAUGCUGUUGCCACAGUGUAUGACAUUUAGUGAAACAUUGGUUUGCAUCUAUUUUUUUAAACAAAUGUCAACAUGUCAAUUCAUUGAAAGACAUUCAAAAUACAGUAAAAAGAAAACAUGUCGUGAAACUACAUGUAACUGUUAUGUAUGUUUUGCUAUACUGGGAAGUGUAUGACUCCAAUAAAAAUUCUAUGAUGAAAACUUUUGUAUAUUUUGUUUAAUGAGAAACCCACAUGUGAGCAGGAAUACGCAAGGUUUUUCUUCUUGAUGCUUUUUGAGUGAUCUAAUCAACUUAGACUCAUUGUCAAAUAUGACAAUUUCAAAAUUAUAGUUAUCAUCUGAUCACCAGAUAAAAUGCUUUUUAUAAAACACACAGGACCUCUGUUGUUUUAUUUUUUCAGUGGAAUGACAAGUUUUGCUUAAAAUCCUUGUCCUUUCUUAACUUAGAUAUCUCUAGAACAGGAAAAAAAACUUUUGUACAAAAAGACACUAUUCUAAAUUUUGAAAAAAUAUAUUCAAUUUAAUAAUUUUAUGUAUUAAUGAAGAAUUUGAGAAAUGACCUUGCCUAUUCAAAAUGAAUUUAAUGCCUGAAAACACAGCUCAGGGGUCAUAGAAAUUAAUUAGGUAUUGAAUAAGAUUUUAUUUGAUUACGUGUACCUGUCCAGGGAGCUGUAUUAUUGUGGAAACUCUAGGGUUUGAUUACUAGUAUUAAACAUUUUGAAACAAUAGAAACUGUGUUAUAUGUUGUAAAAUUUGUAAACUUAGGUCAGAUUCAUUAAAGAAUUGGUAUGUUCCUUA